AUGGCUGCCGAAAGUGAAGUUCUGAAGAAGUUACCGGCUUCUUUAUCAGCAAAGUUCCAAGACUCAUUUGCAUAUCUAACAAUAAAGGAUCGUAUGCCAGUUAUUUUAACAAAGGUUGUAGAUUCUGUUCAUCGAAAAAAAAAUAACCUUGGACCUGAAUUUGGAGAGGAUGGUGCUGAAGAUCUUAAAAACAUUGCAGGACAUAUUUCCAAACUCCGAUAUGAGAUUCAAACAAACAAACCAGUGAUACCACUAGAGGAUGAUAGAUCAGACACCAUAAUAUGGAACCAAAUCUUAGAAAAACUAACCAACGAAAAUGAUAAUGAACCACCAAAAUGGUUUAGUUCAGCUUGGCUAUAUUUAGAAUGUUAUAUGUAUAGAAGGUUACAAGAAAGUGUGGAACUAUGUAAAGUGAUGAAAGAUUUCGAUGUUUUUGAAGAAUCCAAGAACAAUGCCUAUUAUUCAUCUGAACUAGCUAUACAAACUUUACUUACAAAUUUAUUAGUUACAGUUGACAAUAUCGAAACAGAAUCUGAUAAAAAGCUAUCUCAAAACCUGUUAUUUCAACAGUACUUACAAGUAUCAUUAUGGGGUAACAAAUGUGAUUUAUCAAUAUCAGCUGGUAUGGACAAUGCUCAAACUAGCUGUAUUCUAGAUCAACUACAAUCCCUUAAAGAUAACAUCUUAAUCGAUGACUCUUCACAAAUCUGGAAUUAUAUAAACACAAAGAAGGGAGUCCAUCGUAUUGAUAUUGUAUUGGAUAAUGCAGGUUUUGAACUGGUUACCGAUUUGUGUUUAGCUGAAUUUUUACUAUCUGCUGGUUUAGCUAAGUCUAUACAUUUCCAUGGAAAAGCCAUGCCUUGGUUCGUCUCUGAUGUCACAGCAACUGACUUUUCAUGGACGCUUAAAAAUUUGUCUGCCACUAAUAAUUUAGCUAUGUCCAAAUUUGGCCGUCUAUGGCAGGACCGCAUUGAAGACAAAAGCUGGGUUCUACACUUCGAUACAUUUUGGACACUACCUUUUGAUUUUGCGGAAAUGAAAUCUGAAGCUGCAGAGCUGUAUAAAGAAUUGGCCAAAGCUGACUUAAUAAUAUUUAAGGGAGAUCUCAAUUACCGCAAACUGGUUGGAGACCUGAAAUGGAAUACUACAGAAACAUUUGAAACAAGUCUACGAGGAUUUCAUCCAGCACCCUUAGUAACUUUACGAGCUUUAAAAUCUGAUGUGGUUGUCGGCUUAAAGGAAGGUCAAGGUGAAGAAACAAAGGAGAAGGAUCAGUCAUGGAUGGUCAAUGGAAAUUGGGCUGUUAUAUCCUUUUGUGAUAAAACUAUCUGAUAUUACUUAGGUGAUUAAUUAAGUAAACAAGAAAAUUAUAAUUCUUACAAAUUACUUAUAAUUUUACUAAUGCAGUUAACAAAUUUGACUUUCAUUGAUUUAUGUUUAUUAUUUUAUAAAUUUUAUUAUAAAUAACAAUUGCCUGUAACUAAUUUAUAUUCAUGGACUUCUAUUUUUUUACAUUGGUGCAACUGACAGUAAAAUUAACCAAGUAGCUUUCCCAUAUAUAUUCUAGAGUAUAAAGCUUGCUAAUUCUUUAUAUGAAUACUUUUUGUACCUUUAUAUUGUCACAUUUAACUAUCUGAUGCUUUGCAGGGGCUGAUCCAGGAAUUUUUGCAGUGGGGGGAUUGCAAGGUUCCUGUUAAAGAAAUUUGAUGCCAUCGUCAUCUCCAAAUUAUGUAGAAAUACAUAUACACACUCAACUUUUUAAAGAGAGAAAAUUGACAUCAAUUUUUAUUAUGAAUUAUGAUACAAUUUCAUUGAUGCAAAGCAUUGAUGAUGAUAUCACAUAGGUCUAUAUCAUUAUCUCACGCUUUGAAUGCCCAUCCCAUCCCAUCCCAUCCCACCCCACCAUCUGAUGAUAAAGGCUAACGCACACAACCGUUAAACAAUUUAUGUAGCUGAACGGGAGGAGAUUUGGAACCGCCCCUGUGGAGACGUCCCUGCUUUGUAAUAAUAUUUUGGAGAAUUACAAUUAGUAAUCACUUUUCUUUGUCUGCAUGCAGUGACAGUAAAUCUGGGAUGGCUUCAUGAAAUAAUCAAAAUCAAUCUCAGUGGUAGGUUUAUUCAUUAUCCUCAUGUCUUCCUCAGUUGGGUUGAAUGCCAUUCUGCUGGUAAUUAAAAUUACAUUACAAUGUUUUGUUAUUUUGGCUGAUUUUAUAUUACAUUGUAAUCAAACCAACUUUCUCACACUGUUCAGCAGUGAAUAUUCACUAGGACACUAGGACUCUACAAUCACUGUCAUUCACUGAAAGGGAUGACACCGGUUUAUUAGCUAACAAUAUUAAUUCUUUCCUUCUGCAAAUUAAAUUCUAGAACAUUUUUUUGAAGUAUUAGAAAAAUGAAGUAUAUCUGAAGUAUAUCUACAUAAAAAUGAAUUCCUAUUUAGCGUAGGUAUGUAAAAUGAGUAAAAGGCACCAUUCUGACUGGACCAGUAUGAUCUUAUGUAAACAAUGCACAUGCUAUCGAGCCAAUGUUAGACGACGUCUGAUGUGACGUCACACGUAUUAGGCAUGUGAACUUAUAAAGGUCAGUCAUCUUAUACAGAUUUAGAAGAAGGCUUUCACAAUACCUCUGUGAAACAGAUUGCAUUCUUCUAUCAUCCCAAUGUCGUGCGAGGAUGUGUUCUAUUUAUAUCAGACAAUCGUAUUCCAAAUGGUUUUAUUAUAACCCUAUAACCACUCAGAAUCAUUCCUGUAAAGGCUCUCCAAUAAUUCAUCAUUUUAUGCAGUGUAGUACAUGGAAUACAGAAAAGGAGUUUGUGUGAUCUUAACACCGAUUUAAAAAUAAUGAUUUAGCUGUCUGUAAAAUAUUUGCGAGAAUUAAUGUUUAUCUUGAUAGUACUAUACAGUAGUACUAUUUUAUAAAUUGAAAAUUAAGAAAUAUCUUCAGUUGUAACAUUUGUCAUAAUUUUAUUAAUCAUAUAUAUUUAAAAAUCCAACUUUACUUGGUGGGCCAGUGGGUCCUGGCUCCUGGUUUUGUGCAGUUAGUACGUUGUUAUGGACGACCAUAAAGCUUUAAAUCACAAGGAAGAAUUUAUAUUUUCAAAGAACCGUAUAGUGUAGACUGGAUAACCGUCUCUCAAUGACGUCAGGCUGGUUCCCACGUCAUUGUGCUAUUCUGACUUCAAUAUAGAGUUCUGCGCACAUUACCAAUGUAAACAAAAACAUGAUCUGGCGUUGAAGUAUGCAUUAAAGAUGUCAACACCAAUUAAAUGCAGCAGUUUAUGUUUAUCUUGUGGCUUAGAGUCGAAACUAUGCAAUUUUUUCUAAAUAAUGGAAUUUAACAGUACAAUAAUCAAUAUUUUGAUUAUCAAAUCAAAAAUGAGUGAUUUACCCUAGCCGGUUAGCAUACGAUUGUAUCUGAUUAUAAGAGCUGAUUUUGAACUGUCGCUUUGUUUGGGUUUAAGAUAACAAUAAGAGGUGGCAUGAUCAAUGUUUAAUUUGAUAGGUAGAAAUGGGCGAUUCUUCCAGUUGGCUAGAGCAAUCUUCAACAUUAAAGAAAAGCAUAACAGAUCUUAGGGAUGCCCGGCUAUUUUUAGUAACACUAUGUCAAACUAUGGCUGCCCACUACCUAUCUCUAUAUGCAAGUCAGAAAAGGAGUGACAUAGGAGCGAGUCUGACGUAUUCGUGCAGGUUAUCCAGUCAACCGAAUAGUGCUGCUGCUGCUACUGUUUUAUCGUUUGGUAGAGCCAUUUAACAUCCCACCACCAGCAUCCUCUCUCGACAUUAUAUUCAGAUUAGAUGUAUUUGGAGAAAUGUUUUUUGACAAUUGGUAUUUGGAAAUUUAUUGUUGGAGAUUUGUUUUUAGUUGUAUGUGUCUGAUGUAAAUGUAAUUUUUUGAUUUUCUAAAAAAAAUUUUAUCAUUAUAUUAAAAUACAAUUAAAUUAAACAAAGAUACAAUUUAAAAAUCUAAUAUAAGAAAUGUCUGAUUGUGAAAUAGAUAUUGAUUUUAAGAUACAAAUUUUAAUUUUAGUAUACAAAUGUCGAAAUACGACAACAUAAGAAUUAAGGACUAUUAAGAGCUAAGAAUUAAUAACACUGAAUAAAGAGCUGUUUGGUUAUCCAUACAUUGUACAGGUUAAUUAUUCCAAAACAACAAUUUAGUAGGGUUUUGUUGGCAUUACAUUUCAUUCAAUGAUGAUUAUUUUAAAGAUAUACAUUUGUUACUGGUAAUUUAUUAUACUUUUUUAAUACAGAUAUUGUAGCCUAUCGUUUGUUAUGCAAAGAUUUAUUCAUUUUGAAAGUAGUGCUUUGCAUUGUCUUUGUCAAACAGUUUUAUUAAUGAGUUAAUGUAUUUUGAUGGUUAGUACUAAAGAAGAAGAGCUAACAUCGAUAUUACAACCCUUUUCGAUAUAUAAUAUAUUUUGAGUAAUAACUCUUCUAAUGCAUAUUAUUUUGUUAAUGUAUUUUUUAAAUCUUAUUUAAUUUUGUAUGGUGAUUUUUUGAAAACAAACUGAGGGAAAAUUGCAUUUAAAAAAUAAAUCCAAUUAUAUUAAA